AUGAAACUUCAGCUCCUUUUCUGUCUGAUGCUCAGUCAGCAGCAAGACAGCAUGGAGGUCACAGCUCUCUGCUUCAGACUGUAUGCAGAUUUCCGUAUUGUUCCAGACAAACUGCAGGUCUUUAAAUAUGAGUCCGUCUCUUUUCACUGUGAGGGUCUUGAUGGCUCUGCUCAGUUGAGAGGAAUCAGAAAUAUUGAGGAGUUUAUUUCAGAAUGUGAUCAGAGAACACCGGUACAAUCCUGCAGGAUCCCAAGAGCCUAUCAUGGAGACGCUGGAGAGUACUGGUGUGAGACUGAAGGAGGAGAGAGGAGCAGCAGCGUCAACAUCGCUGUCACUGCAGGUUCUGUGAUCCUGGAGAGUCCUGUCCGGUCUGUGAAAGAAGGAAACAAAGUGACUCUGAGCUGCAGGAACAAAACCAUAUCUACCAAAUUUACAGCUGAUUUCUACAAAGAUGGCCGCCUCAUCAGCAGCAGCUCUACAGGGAACACAACCAUCAACAGUGUGUCCAAGUCUGAUGAAGGACUCUACAAGUGCAGCAUCUCUGAUGGUGGAGAGUCACCAGAGAGCUGGCUGAUUAUUCAAGCUCUUCACAGAGAGACUCGUCCCUCCUCGGAUCACUCCAUUUAUCUCCUCCUCCUCUUGAGGACUGUGUUCACCAUAGUGAUGGUGGCUCUGCUGCUGCUGCUGACUCGACAGAUGCUGGUGAUAAUUUGA